UUGCCUUUCUCUCUAUCUCUAUCUAUCUAUCUAUCUAUCUAUCUAUCUAUCUAUCUAUCUAUCUAUCUAUCUAUCUAUCUGUGCGUGUUAAAUCUAUCUAUCUAUCUAUCUAUCUAUCUAUCUAUCUAUCUAUCUAUAUAUAUAUAUAUAUAUGGAGAGAGAGAUAGAGAGAGAGAGAGAGAUAUUAUCUAUCUAUCUAUCUAUCUAUCUAUCUAUCUAUCUAUCUAUCUAUCUAUCUAUUCAUACCUCUCCCUCUAUAUUAUCUAUUAUUUUCAUUUUUAUCUCUUCUCUGUCUUUUCAUAUCUAUCUAUCUAUCUAUCUAUCUAUCUAUCUAUCUAUCUAUCUAUCUAUCUAUCUAUCUACAUAGAUGUUAUCUAUCUACGCAGAUAUCAUCUUUGUUCAUAUUAUCUAUCUAUCUAUCUAUCUAUCUAUCUAUCUAUCUAUCUAUCUAUCUAUCUAUCUAUCUAUCUUUUCUUUCAUGGCAUUUUGACGUCUUCUUUCUUUCAUUGCAGUCCUUUUCUUCUUUCUUUCAUUACAUUCCCCCUCUUCUUUCUUUCAUUGCAGUCCUUUUCUUCUUUCUUUUAUCGCACUCCCCCUCUUCUUUCUUUCAUUGCAGUCCUUUUCUUCUUUCUUUCAUCGCACUCCCCCUCUUCAUUCUUUCAUUGCAGUCCUUUUCUUCUUUCUUUCAUCGCACUCGCCCUCUUCUUUCUUUCAUUGCAGUCCAUUUCUUCUUUCUUUCAUCGCACCCCCCUCUUCUUUCUUUCAUUGCAGUCCAUUUCUUCUUUCUUUCAUCGCACUCCCCCUCUUCUUUCUUUCAUUGCACUCCUUUUCUUCUUUCUUUCAUUACAUUCCCCCUCUUCUUUCUUUCAUUGCAGUCCUUUUCUUCUUUCUUUCAUCCCUCCCCUCUUCUUUCUUUCAUUGCAUUCAUUUUUCUUCUUUCUUUCGUUGCCUCCCCCUCUUCUUUCUUUCAUUGCAGUCCUUUUCUUCUUUCUUUCAUCCUCCCCUCUUCUUUCUUUAAUUGCAGUCCAUUUCUUCUUUCUUUCAUCGCACCCCCCUCUUCUUUCUUUCAUUGCAGUCCAUUUCUUCUUUUCUUUCAUCGCCUCCCCUCUUCUUUCUUUCAUUGCAUUCAUUUUUCUUCUUUCUUUUAUUACAUUCCCCUCUUCUUUCUUUCAUUGCAGUCCAUUUCUUCUUUCUUUCAUCGCUCCCCUCUUCUUUCUUUCAUUGCAGUCCUUUUCUUCUUUCUUUCAUCGCCUCCCCCUCUUCUUUCUUUCAUUGCAUUCAUUUUCUUCUUUCUUUCAUCCUUUUCCCCUCUUCUUUCUUUCAUUUGCAGUCCUUUUCUUCUUUCUUUCAUCCCUCCCCCCUCUUGUUUCUUUCAUUGCAUUCAUUUUCUUCUUUCUUUCAUCGCCUCCCCCUCUUCUUUCUUUCAUUGCAGUCCUUUUCUUCUUUCUUUCAUCGCUCUCCCCCUCUUCUUUCUUUCAUUGCAGUCCUUUUCUUCUUUCUUUCAUCCUCCCUCUCUUCUUUCUUUCAUUGCAGUCCAUUUCUUCUUUCUUUCAUCAUCCCCUCUUCUUUCUUUCAUUUGCAGUCCAUUUCUUCUUUCUUUCAUCACCUCCCCCUCUUUUUCUUUCAUUGCAUUCAUUUUCUUCUUUCUUUCAUUACAUUCCCCUCUUCUUUCUUUCAUUGCAGUCCAUUUCUUCUUUCUUUCAUCGCACUCCCCUCUUGUUUCUUUCAUUGCAGUCCUUUUCUUCUUUCUUUCAUCGCCUCCCCUCUUUUUCUUUCAUUGCAGUCCUUUUCUUCUUUCUUUCAUCGCCUCCCCCUUUCUUUCUUUCAUUGCAGUCCAUUUCUUCUUUCUUUCAUCGCUCCCCUCUUCUUUCUUUCAUUGCAUUCAUUUUCUUCUUUCUUUCAUCCUCCCCUCUUCUUUCUUUCAUUGCAGUCCUUUUCUUCUUUCUUUCAUCCUCCCCCUCUUGUUUCUUUCAUUGCAUUCAUUUUCUUCUUUCUUUCAUUACAUUCCCCCCUUUUCUUUCUUUCAUUGCAGUCCUUUUCUUCUUUCUUUCAUCGCACUCCCCCUCUUCUUUCUUUCAUUGCAGUCCUUUUCUUCUUUCUUUCAUCGCACUCCCCCUCUUCUUUCUUUCAUUGCAUUCAUUUUCUUCUUUCUUUCAUUACAUUCCCCCUCUUCUUUCUUUCAUUGCAGUACUUUUCUUCUUUCUUUCAUCGCACUCCCCCUCUUCUUUCUUUCAUUGCAGUCCUUUUCUUCUUUCUUUCAUCGCUCUCCCCUCUUCUUUCUUUCAUUGCACUCCUUGUCUUCUUUCUUUCAUCACCCUCCCCCCUCUACUUUCUUUCAUUUGCAGUCCAUUUCUUCUUUCUUUCAUUGGCACUCACCCUCUUCUUUCUUUCAUUGCAUUCAUUUUCUUCUUUUCUUUCAUUACAUUCCCCCUCUUCUUUCUUUCAUUGCAGUCCUUUUCUUCUUUCUUUCAUCCUCCCCCCUCUUCUUUGUUUCAUUGCAGUCCUUUUCUUCUUUCUUUCAUCGCCUCCCCCUCUUCUUUGUUUCAUUGCAGUCCUUUUCUUCUUUUCUUUCAUCGUCUCCCCUCUUCUUUCUUUCAUUGCAGUCCUUUUCUUCUUUCUUUCAUCGCCUCCCCUCUUCUUUCUUUCAUUGCAUUCAUUUCUCCUUUCUUUCAUUACAUUUCCCUCUUCUUUCUUUCAUUGCAGUCCUUUUUCUUCUUUCUUUCAUCACCUCCCCUCUUCUUUCUUUUCAUUGCACUCCUUUUCUUCUUUCUUUCAUCCCCCCCUCUUCUUUCUUUCAUUGCACUCCUUUUCUUCUUUCUUUCAUCGCCUCCCCCUCUUCUUUCUUUCAUUGCAGUCCAUUUCUUCUUUCUUUCAUCGCACCCCCCCCUCUUCUUUCUUUCAUUGCAGUCUAUUUCUUCUUUCUUUCAUCGCCUCCCCCCUCUUCUUUCUUUCAUUGCAUUCAUUUUCUUCUUUCUUUCAUUACAUUCCCCUCUUCUUUCUUUCAUUGCAGUCCUUUUCUUCUUUCUUUCAUCCUCCCCCUCUUCUUUCUUUCAUUGCAGUCCUUUUCUUCUUUCUUUCAUCGCCUCCCCUCUUCUUUCUUUCAUUGCAGUCCAUUUCUUCUUUCUUUCAUCACCUCCCCUCUUCUUUCUUUCAUUGCAGUCCAUUUCUUCUUUCUUUCAUCGCCUCCCCUCUUCUUUCUUUCAUUGCAUUCAUUUUUCUUCUUUCUUUUCAUUACAUUCUCCCUCUUCUUUCUUUCAUUGCAGUCCUUUUCUUCUUUCUUUCAUCCCUCCCCCUCUUCUUUGUUUCAUUGCAGUCCUUUUCUUCUUUCUUUCAUCGCCUCCCCUCUUCUUUCUUUCAUUGCAGUCCUUUUCUUCUUUCUUUCAUCGCUCCCUUUCUACUUUCUUUCAUUGCAGUCCAUUUCUUCUUUCUUUCAUCGCACUCCCCCUCUUCUUUCUUUCAUUGCAUUCAUUUUCUCCUUUCUUUCAUUACAUUCCCCCUCUUCUUUCUUUCAUUGCAGUCCUUUUCUUCUUUCUUUCAUCACACUCCCCCUCUUCUUUCUUUCAUUGCACUCCUUUUCUUCUUUCUUUCAUCGCACUCCCCCUCUUCUUUCUUUCAUUGCAGUCCUUUUCUUCUUUCUUUCAUUGCACUCCCCCUCUUCUUUCUUUCAUUGCAGUCCUUUUCUUCUUUCUUUCAUCUGCCUCCCCUCUUCUUUCUUUCAUUGCAUUCAUUUUUUCUCCUUUCUUUCAUUGUUCCCCCUCUUCUUUCUUUCAUUGCAGUCCUUUUCUUCUUUCUUUCAUCCACCUCCCCUCUUCUUUCUUUCAUUGCACUCCUUUUCUUCUUUCUUUCAUCGCCUCCCCCUCUUCUUUCUUUCAUUGCAGUCCUUUUCUCCUUUCUUUCAUCCUUUCCCCCUCUUCUUUCUUUCAUUGCAGUCCUUUUCUUCUUUCUUUCAUCGCCCCCCCUCUUCUUUCUUUCAUUGCAUUCAUUUUCUCCUUUCUUUCAUUACAUUCCCCUCUUCUUUCUUUCAUUGCAGUCCUUUUCUUCUUUCUUUCAUCACACUCCCCCUCUUCUUUCUUUCAUUGCACUCCUUUUCUUCUUUCUUUCAUCGCACUCCCCCUCUUCUUUCUUUCAUUGCAGUCCUUUUCUUCUUUCUUUCAUCGCACUCCCCCUCUUCUUUCUUUCAUUGCAGUCCUUUUCUUCUUUCUUUCAUCGCACUCCCCCUCUUCUUUCUUUCAUUGCAUUCAUUUUCUCCUUUCUUUCAUUACAUUCCCCUCUUCUUUCUUUCAUUGCAGUCCUUUUCUUCUUUCUUUCAUCCCCUCCCCUCUUCUUUCUUUCAUUGCACUCCUUUUCUUCUUUCUUUCAUCACUCCCCCCUCUUCUUUCUUUCAUUGCAGUCCUUUUCUUCUUUCUUUCAUCCUCCUCCCCUCUUCUUUCUUUCAUUGCAGUCCAUUUCUUCUUUCUUUCAUCGCACCCCCCCUCUUCUUUCUUUCAUUGCAGUCUAUUUCUUCUUUCUUUCAUCGCACUCCCCCUCUUCUUUCUUUCAUUGCAUUCAUUUUCUUCUUUCUUUCAUUACAUUCCCCCUCUUCUUUCUUUCAUUGCAGUCCUUUUCUUCUUUCUUUCAUCGCACUCCCCCUCUUCUUUCUUUCAUUGCAGUCCUUUUCUUCUUUCUUUCAUCGCACUCCCCCUCUUCUUUCUUUCAUUGCAGUCCAUUUCUUCUUUCUUUCAUCGCACUCCCCCUCUUCUUUCUUUCAUUGCAGUCCAUUUCUUCUUUCUUUCAUCGCACUCCCCCUCUUCUUUCUUUCAUUGCAUUCAUUUUCUUCUUUCUUUCAUUACAUUCUCCCUCUUCUUUCUUUCAUUGCAGUCCUUUUCUUCUUUCUUUCAUCGCACUCCCCCUCUUCUUUGUUUCAUUGCAGUCCUUUUCUUCUUUCUUUCAUCGCACUCCCCCUCUUCUUUCUUUCAUUGCAGUCCUUUUCUUCUUUCUUUCAUCGCUCCCCUUUCUACUUUCUUUCAUUGCAGUCCAUUUCUUCUUUCUUUUCAUCGCCCCCCCCUUCUUUCUUUCAUUGCAUUCAUUUCUCCUUUCUUUCAUUACAUUCCCCUCUUCUUUCUUUCAUUGCAGUCCUUUUCUUCUUUCUUUCAUCACCCCCCUCUUCUUUCUUUCAUUGCACUCCUUUUCUUCUUUCUUUCAUCGCCUCCCCUCUUCUUUCUUUCAUUGCAGUCCUUUUCUUCUUUCUUUUCAUCGCCUCCCCUCUUCUUUCUUUCAUUGCAGUCCUUUUCUUCUUUCUUUCAUGGCUCCCCUCUUCUUUCUUUCAUUGCAUUCAUUUUCUUCUUUCUUUCAUUACAUUCCCCUCUUCUUUCUUUCAUUGCAGUCCUUUUCUUCUUUCUUUCAUCGCCUCCCCCUCUUCUUUCUUUCAUUGCAGUCCUUUUUCUUCUUUCUUUCAUCGCUCCCCCCUCUUUUUCUUUCAUUGCAGUCCAUUUCUUCUUUCUUUCAUCGCACUCCCCUCUUCUUUCUUUCAUUGCAGUCCAUUACUUCUUUCUUUCAUUGCAUUCAUUUUUCUUCUUUCUUUCGUUGCCUCCCCUCUUCUAUCUUUCAUUGCAUUCAUUUUCUUCUUUCUUUUCAUUACAUUUCCCCCUCUUCUUUCUUUCAUUGCAGUCCAUUUCUUCUUUCUUUCAUUACAUUCCCCCUCUUCUUUCUUUCAUUGCAUUCAUUUUCUUCUUUCUUUCAUCCUUUUCCCCCUCUUCUUUCUUUCAUUGCACUCCCUUUCUACUUUCUUUCAUUGCAGUCCUUUUCUUCUUUCUUUCAUCGCACUCCCCCUCUUCUUUGUUUCAUUGCAGUCCUUUUCUUCUUUCUUUCAUCGCACUCCCCCUCUUCUUUCUUUCAUUGCAGUCCUUUUUUUCUUUCUUUCAUCGCACUCCCUUUCUACUUUCUUUCAUUGCAGUCCAUUUCUUCUUUCUUUCAUCGCACUCCCCCUCUUCUUUCUUUCAUUGCAUUCAUUUUCUCCUUUCUUUCAUUACAUUCCCCCUCUUCUUUCUUUCAUUGCAGUCCUUUUCUUCUUUCUUUCAUCAUCACCCCCCUCUUCUUUUUUCAUUGCACUCCUUUUUCUUCUUUCUUUCAUCGCUCCCCUCUUCUUUCUUUCAUUGCAGUCCUUUUCUUCUUUAUUUCAUCGCCUCCCCUCUUCUUUCUUUCAUUGCAGUCCAUUUCUUCUUUCUUUCAUGGCACUCCCCCUCUUCUUUCUUUCAUUGCAUUCAUUUUCUUCUUUCUUUCAUUACAUUCCCCCUCUUCUUUCUUUCAUUGCAGUCCUUUUCUUCUUUCUUUCAUCGCACUCCCCCUCUUCUUUCUUUCAUUGCAGUCCUUUUCUUCUUUCUUUCAUCGCACUCCCCCUCUUCUUUCUUUCAUUGCAGUCCAUUUCUUCUUUCUUUCAUCGCACUCCCCCUCUUCUUUCUUUCAUUGCAGUCCAUUUCUUCUUUCUUUCAUCGCACUCCCCCUCUUCUUUCUUUCAUUGCAUUCAUUUUCUUCUUUCUUUCGUUGCACUCCCCCUCUUCUAUCUUUCAUUGCAUUCAUUUUCUUCUUUCUUUCAUUACAUUCCCCCUCUUCUUUCUUUCAUUGCAGUCCAUUUCUUCUUUCUUUCAUUACAUUCCCCCUCUUCUUUCUUUCAUUGCAUUCAUUUUCUUCUUUCUUUCAUCGCACUCCCCCUCUUCUUUCUUUCAUUGCAGUCCUUUUCUUCUUUCUUUCACUACACCCCCCUCUUCUUUCUUUCAUUGCAUUCAUUUUCUUCUUUCUUUCAUUACAUUCCCCCUCUUCUUUCUUUCAUUGCAGUCCUUUUCUUCUUUUUUCAUCGCACUCCCCCUCUUCUUUCUUUCAUUGCAUUCAUUUUCUUCUUUCUUUCAUCGCACUCCCCCUCUUCUUUCUUUCAUUGCAUUCAUUUUCUUCUUUCUUUCAUUACACCCCCCUCUUCUUUCUUUCUUUGCAUUCAUUUUCUUCUUUUUUUUCAUCGCACUCCCCCUCUUCUUUCUUUCAUUUUAUUCAUUUUCUUCUUUCUUUCAUUACAUUCCCCCUCUUCUUUCUUUCAUUGCAGUCCUUUUCUUCUUUUUUUCAUCGCACUCCCCCUCUUCUUUCUUUCAUUGCAUUCAUUUUCUUCUUUCUUUCAUUACAUUCCCCCUCUUCUUUCUUUCAUUGCAGUCCUUUUCUUCUUUCUUUCAUCGCACUCCCCCUCUUCUUUCUUUCAUUACAGUUUUUUUCUUCUUUCUUUCAGCGCACUCCCCCUCUUCUUUCUUUCAUUGCAGUCCUUUUCUUCUUUUUUUUCAUCGCACUCCCCCUCUUCUUUCUUUUAUUGCAGUCCAUUUCUUCUUUCUUUCAUCGCACUCUCCCUCUUCUUUCUUUUAUUGCAGUCCCUUUCUUUUUUUUCCUUGCACUCGUCCUCUUCUUUCUUUCAUCAUACUACAACAUCCAUUUUUUCAUCCACUCCUUUUUUCCUCCCACUCCUCUUCUUUCUUUCGCCCCACUUCUAUUCUUUCUUCCAACUCAUACUCCUCUUCUCGUUUCUUUCGUACCUCUCCACUUUUUUUUCCCACUCCACUCCUCUUCUUUUCCUUUCUCCCAUCCCACUCAUUUUCUCCUUUCUUUCAUCACUCUCAUCUUCUUUCUUUAAUACCACUCUUCUCUUUCUUCUUUUAUCCCACAUCUCUUAUACUCCAUCCUACUGGCCCCGAAUUAUUAAUCAGAAUGUCUAUCUCCUUCUUUCAUCCCACUCUUCACAGUCUCCUUCUGUCAUCCCACUCCUCACAGUCUCCUUCUUUCAUCCCACUCCUCACAGUCUCCUUCUUUCAUCCCACUCCUCACAGUCUCUUUCUUUCAUCCCACUCCUCACAGUCUCCUUCUUUCAUCCCACUCCUCACAGUCUCCUUCUUUCAUCCCACUCCUCACAGUCUCUUUCUUUCAUCCCACUCCUCACAGUCUCCUUCUUUCAUCCCACUCCUCACAGUCUCUUUCUUUCAUCCCACUCCUCACAGUCUCCUUCUUUCAUCCCACUCCUCACAGUCUCUUUCUUUCAUCCCCUCCUCUGAUCUCUUUCUUUCAUCCCUCCUCCUCUUCCUUCUCUCCUUCUUUCAUCCCUCCAACUCCACCACAGUCUCUUUCUUUCAUCCCUCCUCUCACAGUCUCCUUCUUUCAUCCCUCCUCCUUCUUUCAUCCCAGUCUCUUUCUUUCAUCCCACUCCUCACAGUCUCCUUCUUUCAUCCCACUCCUCACAGUCUCUUUCUUUCAUCCCACUCCUCACAGUCUCCUUCUUUCAUCCCUCCUCCUCCCAGUCUCCUUCUUUCAUCCCACUCCUCACAGUCUCCUUCUUUCAUCCCACUCCUCACAGUCUCUUUCUUUCAUCCCACUCCUCACAGUCUCCUUCUUUCAUCCCACUCCUCACAGUCUCUUUCUUUCAUCCCACUCCUCACAGUCUCCUUCUUUCAUCCCACUCCUCACAGUCUCUUUCUUUCAUCCCACUCCUCUGGUCUCCUUCUUUCAUCCCACUCCUCCCCAGUCUCCUUCUUUCAUCCCACUCCUCCACAGUCCUCUUUCUUUCAUCCCACUCCUCCCCCAGUCUCCUUCUUUUAUCCCACUCCUCACAGUCUCUUUCUUUCAUCCCACUCCUCCCCUCCUUCUUUCAUCCCAUUCCUCACAGUCUCUUUCUUUCAUCCCACUCCUCACAGUCUCUUUCUUUCAUCCCACUCCUCACAGUCUCCUUCUUUCAUCCCACUCCUCACAGUCUCCUUCUUUCAUCCCACUCCUCACAGUCUCUUUCUUUCAUCCCACUCCUCACAGUCUCCUUCUUUCAUCCCACUCCUCACAGUCUCCUUCUUUCAUCCCACUCCUCACACUCUCCAUCUUUCAUCUCACUCCUCACAGUAUCCUUCUUUCAUCCCACUCCUCACAGUCUCCUUCUUUCAUCCCACUCCUCACAGUCUCCUUCUUUUAUCCCACUCCUCACAGUAUCCUUCUUUCAUCCCACUCCUCACAGUCUCCUUCUUUUAUCCCACUCCUCUAACUACCUUCCUAUUUAUUACCAACAUUAUUCAUAUCUCUUUUUCUCUUAAUCUACUUCUCCUUUUUACUUUUUUUUUCAUUCUCUCCUCCUACUCCGAUUCUCUUGACCCAACACCUACUUUGUUAUCUACUCUUACUCUUUUCUUCAGUUUGUAUUCGUAUUUUUUUCUUUUUAUCUCUCCUAUUCAUCCGCUUUCUAUUUCUUAUUUCUUUCUUUUUUCUUUGUUCUUUUUCACCUUUCUCUUGUUCAACAUCAUUUCCCUCAGUAUUUGCUUUUGCAAUACGAUUCACAUUUUUAAAACUACAUUUUUCUUUUCUGUUUCUUUGUAA